AUGAUGGACACUGUGGCGUCAAUGGGGGUCAGCCUCCUGAAGAGAGCCGUAUACGAAGGCUUCCAGGAGGGCUCGCUCUUCAAGAGGGCCAUGGACGGUGGAAACGACGACAAUGCUCGCCAGCUGCCCAAGUGGGCUCCUCUGGUGCUCUUCGCCAACCUCAUCGUCUUCUUCCCCGUCAUUCUCUAUAUCGGCUAUACCCUGAACCACAUCUACCCGGUUCUGGCCAUGGUUGAGGACACCAAGCCCCCGGCAUACGAGCCCGUCUCUCUGAACGCCGAUACCGACUCCCUGGCCGAGGACCAGAUCCCCACCGGCGACCGGCCCAUCAAGAUUGACCAGCAGCCGGCACUCAUCACCUCCUCCCUCCGCCGCACCAACCGCCUGCUCUACAGCACCGCCGGCUGGACCGCCAACUUCCGCGGCUUCAUGUGUGCCAUUGCCCUGAGCAUCGCCAUGGGCAUCGCUGCUGUCGUCUUCUCGGCCAUUCCCUUCGUCCCUGGCUUCGUCGGCACCCUGCUCGCGAGCCUCGUCACCGUCCAGAUCAGCACCACCUGGACGCACACCGUCAUCGCCGCCCCGACCUCCAAGCCCUGGUUCCGCCGCCUCCCGCCCCUGCGCCGCACCUUCGAGGCCACCUGCCUGCCCGUCUUCAUCUACUGGGCCGCCACCACCAUCGCACAGGUCGUCCCCAUCGUGGUCGCCUCCGCCCUGGGCAUGGACGUCUGGGACCCCAAGCGACCCAUGGUCAUGCCCGAGUACCACGGCAGCUCCGCGUGGAAGUCGCUGAUCGUCGUGCUCCUCGCGCUCUUCAUCUCCGUCUUCCUCACCAUCCCCGCGCACGUCGUGCUCGUCCGCGUCCAGGCCAGCCUGCUGGCCCCGGAGGAGGACACCAUCAUCCCCUUUGACCGCUCCUUCGAGGGCGCCGUCGAGCCCGCCCUCGUCGGCGGCAAGGGCUACGUCUCCAUCAAGGACGCCCUCAGGACCUUCACCCGCGACAGCUGGGUCCGCCUGUACAAGCUGUACAUCAAGCUGUUCCUCGUCUCCCUCGCCUUCUACGCCGUCAUGGCCGCCGUCAUCAUCCCCGAGGUCAUCCUCAUGCUGGCCAAGAGCGAGAAGGCCAAGGGCAACUAA